AUGAAGCGCUUGAGAGUGCAAAGGCCUGUGGCAUGGACCACCUCCCAUACGAGGUUCCUGGCUGAGUCCCUCCCAGACCACCGCACAUGGGCUCAGCGUGAGUUUCUCCUCACUGAUAAGCCUGGGGAAUUGCCUGGCUUUACCCGGCAAACCUACCACCAGCUGGCCGUGAAGCUGCCACCCUGCACAGACAUCAAGUCCAAGGUGCGCCACCGAAUAGUCCACCCUUGGAAGGAUAAAACCGAGCACACCUGGGGCUUUCACACGUGGCUUGACGUGGGGCGCUUGCCCGCCACCUUUCCCAGCAGGCCUGACAGACCCUAUGAUAGCAAUGUCUGGCGCUGGCUGACGGAUUCCAGGGCCCACCGCCAUCCACCAGCAGAGCCCGCCAUCCCCCCACCCUCCUGGAUGGGUCAAAACAGCUAUCUGACCUUCAUCAGCUGUACUCCUAUCUUCUUGAAUGAGGACCUGAAGAAACAGGUGAUUUUCAGGACAGUGAAAGAACUAAAAGAAGUGGAGAAACUCAAGCUGAGGAGUGAAGGAAGGGCACCUCCACUUGACACCAAUGGCAACAUCCUGCCGCCAAAGAACUUCAGGAAGUACCAACACAUCUCAGCUGGUGGAAGGUUUGAACCCCUCGGCUUCCAGCUUCUGCCCAACCCACUUCCCAGUGCUUCUGCCAGGAGAAGGCCCUGCCCGAACCCUCUGCCUCACUACCAGGAGAAGGCGCUAAAGCUGGCCUUGUUGCCAAGUGCGCCCCUGAGAAAGGACCUCGUGAAGAACUACCAAACCCUGAUAAAGGACCGCAUUGCCUUGCCCCUCCACCAUCUCUCCCAGAACCCCAGAACUGAAGCUGCUGCAGAGCCGGCCGGUGGCAGGCCCCCAGCGACCUCUACAGCGCUGCGUUUUUCCAGCAGUCUCACUCCCUCUACCGUAUUCUCUGGGAAUUGGUGUCUGACGCGGCUGCUCUGCACAUUAUUUAUUUAUUUCCUCUUCCUCCCGCCCAGACCCUCCUGUCAGGAGAGCUGCAGCCCAGACGGAAACAGGCAGGAAGCUACCGGGACACAGGAGGCAGAGGACGGAAGGAGGACCUCUCAGAAGCCCCCACCAAGUACAUCAAGCUCAUCAAGUCUCCCAGUGGCCAUGAGCACCAGGCAGGAGACCAGAAGAGAGGGGGGAGACUCCAGCAGGAGGGGACAGGGGGCAGAGCUUCGGGACCGAGCCCACCUGAGCCAGCAGCGCCGGCUCAAACAGGCCACCCAGUUCCUGCACAAGGACUCCGCCGACCUGCUGCCCCUGGACAGCCUCAAGAGGCUGGGCACCUCCAAGGACUUGCAGCCGCACAGCGUGAUCCAAAGACGCCUGUUAGAAGGAAACCAGAGUCGGGGUCAGGGGGAGUCUCCCCUGGUGCAGGCCCUGAUGCAUGGCCAGGAGAACAGGAGAAAGACUAACACACCAGAGAUUCCAGCUCUUCUGGUCAACUGCAAGUGUCAGGACCAGGUUCUUAGGGUGGCCGUGGACACAGGCACCCACUACAACCAGAUCUCCACUGGAUGCCUCACCCGCCUGGGGUUAGGGAACAGGGACCCGGCGCCUGGACUCCUACCCCAGGUGGAGCAGCUGGAGCUACAGCUAGGGCAGGAGACUGUGGCAUGCUCAGCCCAGGUGGUGGAUGUGGAGAGUCCUGAGUUCUGUCUCGGACUGCAGACUCUGCUUUCUCUCAAGUGCUGUAUCGACCUGGAACACCGAGUGCUGCGGCUAAAAGCCCCCUUCCCAGAGCUGCCCUUCCUGCCUUUGUACCCAGAGCCUGGCCAGUGACUGCCGGCCCCAUCAGUCCCCAGGGGGCAGUCCUGUGACUUAGGGAAGAGCCAUUCGGGGUAUAGGGACAUUACUACAGCCAGGUAGCUGGGGAUCGCUUUGUCUGUGCCUUCUGUCACCACCCUGAUCCUGCUGUUCCAUUUCCGUCGGCCACAUCUUCUCUGCUUCUUGGCAACUUCCCUAUCCCCUAGGAGUUUUCCCAGAGAAGGCCCAGGAUCUCAGAGCUCUGGUUUCCCUGUUCUCUCUCAUUCCCCUCCAGAGAAGAGCAAAGCCAAACCAGGUCUGCAGAAAACGACACAGCAUCCUGGCCAGUGUGGCUCAGUUGGUUGGGUGUCAUCCUAUGCACAGAGAGGUUGCCAGUUUGAUUGCUAGUCAGGGCAUAUGCUCAGGUUGUGGGCUCGGUACCCGGGGAGGGACAUGCAGAAGAUGUCUCCGUCUCCCUCUCACAUCCAUGUUUCUCGCUUUCCCUUCCUCUCUCUCUAAAAAUCAAUUUUAAAAUACCUUUUUAAAAGAUUAUACAAGGAAAAUGGGGUUACGGACUAGGCCCUGGCAUGGUAGAAACUGGCCUCCACCUGUCCCCUGCCACCCCAAACCUCCUCAACUCCCUUCACUCCCACAUCUCUCACCUCAACUUUUCUGGACUCAUUUUCUUUCAGGAUCAGAUGCCCCACCUCACCAACCAGCUCUCCAGUCCGGCUGGUGCUUACUGUUCUGAUUCUGCACACGCCUGCUCACAGCUGAGUGGGGGUGGGGGAGACACUGAACAGGAUGAUUCAACACCCUAGGAAUGUGGCUUUGUAGAGGAAUGGCAGCUCACAAGGCUGGUAGCUCUGUUAGUUACCUUUUCUGAGCUUGCAAACAUCUGAAGCAAGUUAUCAUUUGAUUACCCUGUGCAAAACCUUGGCUAUACCUCUACUAUUUCCUCCAGAUAUUUGUCCUUCUCCACUUGCUUUUCACCCACUGGGUCCCUGAACUUCCGAGGGUGUGUGCAAGAGCCCUGCAGAGAGCUGUCCCCAAAGGUGACCGGGAUGGAGGGGUUGUCAGUACUCAGCCUUCACCUGACCAGUAGUCCUUCUUUUUUCUAGAACUAUCCACCUCAUUAGACCUUCUUCCUACCCCUCAUCUUGGGCUUUCUGAGCUAGACCUUGUCUUGUUUUGGAAUCAGUGGCUUUCUAUCCCCUGGCGGGCUCUAAGCCAAAGCAAAGGGACAAGGAGGCUCAAAAAAGAAGAAUCCAAACCUUAAGAAGCUAGACCCCUGAGUGUCUUUCUGGCUGGUUUGAGCCUCUGAAAUCAUGGGUGAGUGGUAGAGGAAGAGUGGUGUAACUAGCCUGACCUAGGGAACUGGGGCCUUAGGCUGGAAACAAAAUCUUGAGCAUGGGGCAGGUUAGAGAAGAACCAGGAUGCAAGGAACUUCCCUGUGACACCUGGCCUUACCUUUCUCGGCUAAGUCCCCUGCCCUCACAGGGCGAGGAGAGGGGCUCACUAUCACAGUGUGAUAGGACCCUGGUCCCUCACUGCCUGGCUCCAUGGCCUCCGCUUUCCUGGUCUCACCCUGCUCCUUUCACUUCUGCCUCCUGCUGCUUCUGUAAUUGUAGACAGACUGCAGACCCCAGGCCCUAUGGCUGGCCCUCAGCUCAGCUGCCUCUCCAUUUGAAUAAACACCUGUUUCUCUAUGGUGA